AUGAAGAAAGACAGCGUUCGCUGCUUCUCAGCUCCUCGCAACAAAAUGGCGGCGGGUCUAGGCAGGCGGGGGCGGCGUUUGCCUGCGGGGACCGGGAGCGCUUUUCCCGGCUCUAAAACCACCGGAGAAACGUUAGUUUUAAGAAGCGGAUUUCGAUUGAUCGAAAGGUGGAACUUUUAUGACGAUAUUUUAUUUCGUUCGGACACAGGAGUGUGGAGAUCAGGGCAAAGGGGAACUGGAGUAACCUGACAGAAACAGGAGCGCACAACGGCGAAGGUGAGAGAGGCUUUAACUGAAUUCGGUUUAAAUUAACCGGUUUAACCGUAUAAACCGACUAUUGUGACAUUGUCGUCCUCAGAUAUACUACAGAUGAGCUCAGUGUAAUUUAUAAGUUUGUCGCUCAUAUUAGAUUGCCAAGAAAGCACACAUUUGCCUGAGCUUUUUUUUACUCUUCUUUCAAACAGAUUUUGGUGAAGCGUUAUGUUCGCAUAUUGUCGUUUUGGAGGAAUAUUUAACUGCGCAACAAAAUGGCGCCGUCUCCUUCAAGGAGCUCGAAGGGGAAGACAACGACUACAUCGCGUGA